AUGACUUCCACUUCACAUCCUCAGAUCCACGUUCCUGUACAUGGGAACUAUCACAGUACAGCUCAGUCGUACGGACCGCGUAAAGUUGUAGGCGUGGAUAUUGAUGACAGCUUGGUGCAGGGUGCGUGGAGGAGACGGAGGACGCUGUGGUCUUUGCAGGAGCCGUCUGGGUUUGGUGUAGAGGCUGGUAGUGGGAGGGUAGAAUUGGGUGGGGAGAGAGGUGAAGGGGAAACCGAGGCGAACGGCGGUGUGGAGGGGCAGAACGGAGGAAAGGUGAAGAAGAGGAAGCGAACCGACGACGACGACGACCCCGAAGAUGAGGCAAGGGGCGAGUCUAGACGUCCCCUACCGAACUACUUCCCUCUCUCGUGCGAACACGAGUUUGGGAGUUUGCCUGUUCCUCCUAGGGAGGUUUACCUGCAGCGCGGGCUCGCGCCAGACUCAAAGGGAGGGAGUUCAGAACGUGCAGGUGCAGAUGGGGAGAGCGACGAUUCGAACGAGAAGCAUAGCCUCCCGUUCCCUUAUAACAUAACCUUUCGAACGGCGAAUUGGGUGGAGGAGGAGAUUGGGGAGGAUAAAGAGGGGUAUGACGUUGUUCUUGCAUUAUCGCUAACAAAAUGGAUCCACCUCAACGGCGGCGACGAGGGGCUCCUCUCUUUCUUCCGCAAGGUGUUUAGAGUGUUGAGAGGGGACGGGAAAGGAGUGUUUGUGGUUGAACCACAGGGAUGGGAGAGUUAUGCCAAGGGGAGGCGGAUGAGUGAGAAACUGAAGGAGAAUUAUCAGAGCCUCAAACUAAGACCGGAGGAUUUUGGGAGGGUGUUGAGGGAGGUUGGGUUUGAAGGGCCUAUUCGUGUAUCGGGGUCUGGCUCUGAUUCGUUGAUUGGAUCUGGAGCUGGAGGGGGGAGAGGGGGUUUCGAUCGGCCAAUUGACAUAUACCGCAAGCCGUAG